AUUUUGACUACACCUGCCCCAUAGAUAGGUGGAAUUCGAAGGGCUAUGGCUGUGGGUAAAGUUGCACCAAGCUUCAAGCCUGUGGGUGUAGCCCUGAUUUCUUGUUGCCAACAGAAGGGAACUACAAUCAUGCAAAGUCCUGGAUGUGGGGAUGUGGGGAUGUGAGAUGAUGCCUAAUGCUUAGAACCGUUUCCAUAAAUUGAAAAAGAGCACUCUGUAUUCUACCGUUAGCUUAUAUUCUGAACAAACAUUUGGGCCCGAUGGGCCAUUGCCAUGACCCAAAAGCGUGUCACUCUCAGAUCGUUUGCAUAUUAUUUAGAGGAAGCCGAAGCUGCCGAUUCAUUGUGUGAACUGUGAUGGGAGAAGAAAAUAAAGUCAGCUUACACGGGUUUUAAUGACGUCACUCACCAUCAGGGAACAGGACCGUUUUCCCUUCCUUUUAGGGACCAAGGCCCGAAAUCUAUUUCAAGCACUCGCAAAGCUGACAAGAAUCGAAGCGCUAACGAUUGGUGAGAUUGAGCUCAUCCAAACAUGGUUUCUGCGAUUACCAUGUUAACAGAUUCCUUUUGUCUUUCCUCCUCGUUUUCCGCUUUCGUAAACUCAAAUGCGUUAACUAGUCCACCAAAGUUACAAUCCCCAGUUUCCUUGUACGCAAAUCCAACUGCCCGUCCACGCCAAUGCUUCUCUCUAAUAAACGUUAAUUCGACAUCAGGAACUGAACGCAGGCCAUUAACGUGUACCCAACCGGCUAAUCGUUUUUCUAUCCAAUGUAACUGCGUCGACACGCCUAUCUUUCUUCAUGGUGAAACGGGUAUGCUCUUUUCGGUUUUUAGAGAAACUGGACUCAAUGAAAAGGAAACCAAUUUGCUUUUGGACAAGAACCCAACUUUAAGAUCUACGUCUUUGGACAGAAUACAUGCUCGGAUUCUUGCUUUACAGUCCGUUGGAAUCAAUGACUUUCCUCUUUAUCGGUUGGUUAUUAAAUGUCCAAGGGUACUAAUAGCUGAGGAAAUUGAUUCAGUGAUUAGUUUUGUGCGUGAUGAUUUGGAAGGAAAGGUUCAGCCAGCACAACUGGAACGCCUUUUUAUUACAACAGAAGUGAGAUUCUUACUUGGUUUUGAUCAAAAGGUUAAAUUGCUUCUUCAUCAUGAAAUUCCCCAAGAGAAGAUGGCUCAUGUUCUCAACAAUGUCAACUUGAACAAAGCCAUUUGUUGCAAAUCAAUUGAAGAAAUUGAAAGAGCCAUAACUUUCUUGAAACCUUAUCAUGGCAUUGAAAUAAUAGUUAGGCGUCCAGCAAUUCUCAACUAUGAUUUGGAUUCUCAGUUGAUUCCGAAAAUUCAGUUUCUUGAAGAGCUUAGUGGAGGUGAUGCGAAUGCCACGGGGACUGUGUUGCGGAAACAGCCUGCCAUUUUGAGUUAUAGUUUGCAGCAUAUGGAGGGUCACGUGGAGUUCAUGAGAUCAUAUGUUGGUCUCAGUGACCCGGAAAUAUUCAAGAUUAUUCUCGUCUUUCCAAAUGUGAUGAGUAUCAGCAAAGAGAGGAAGUUGCGUCCUAGAAUAGAGUUUCUGAAGCAAUGUGGGCUUAAUUCUAAUGAUAUUUUCAAGUUCUUGAAAAGAGCCCCCUUGAUUCUGGCCCUUUCCUUUGAAGAUAACCUCGCGCAUAAACUUGGGUUUUUGGUGAAGAUUGGGUAUGAAUAUAGAACAAAAGAGUUGGCAUUGGCAUUGGGGGCUGUCACCAGAACAAGUUGCGCAAAUAUGCAAAAGGUAAUUGGGCUCUUCUUGAGUUACAGACUUUCUUGUAAAGAUAUUUUUUCCAUGAGCAAGAAGCACCCUCAGAUACUGCAGUACAAUCCUAGUUCAUUAGAGGAGAAGAUGGAGUACUUAAUAGGGGAAAUGGGCCGAGAAGUUAGUGAGUUAUUGGCUUUUCCUGCAUUUCUUGCUUACAAGCUAGAUGACAGGAUUAAGCACAGGUAUGAAGUAAAAAGGAAAACAAUAGGGACAGGAAUGUCCCUUAACAAGCUCUUAUCAGUGUCAGCUAACAGGUUCUCAACCAAAAAGAAAGCAAAAAGUCUUGUUAAUGAUUGACAUCCGGACAAAAACUGAAACCUUAAUGGUGAUUUCUGUAGUUGUUCACCGUAGCCAAUCAGAAACUAGCACCAAGCUUUCUUGCUUCUCUGGAAUAUUAGUUAUUGUUAACCUUAAUGAGCCAGUGUGAUCGCACCCUGAUGAUGAGAACUGCAAUAUGGCAACUAGAGGAAACUAAGUGAUCUCACACCAACCAGGUCAAUCACAGCUGAUUUCAGGAAAGUUGGAAGCUUGUACUAUAGAUUUUCUUAAAGGGAUGAACCUAUUGAACUGAUUUAAUUCGUCCUUUCACAAUCACAUUAUAGUGGCAAAGAAAUAUUUCUUUUUUUUAAGUGCUUUUACAAGGUUGCCUAUUAUGAAUAUUCCUGGUAUAAUACUAACACAUUGACUGAUAUCAUGUUUUCGUUUUCUGCAUCUCUGCCUAACACAAGAUAUUGGUGGGAGCCAUGUGUUUCUGAAUCUUUAUAGACAUGUGCUUUUUGCACAUUUCCUGUGGUUGAAAAUGGAGAUAGGACCUUUGAUUCUGGCGACCCCACAUACUCACACAAGUAAUCCAUCCCCGUCCUUUUUCCCGACAUUGGAAUCCAGAAAGAGUAAUGAGGUAUAGAAUUGGAAGGUAAAAAACAGCAGCCUUGGAUCAACUUCUGGUCCAAGAUGAUCAAGGGAAACUAAAAUCUUGUAUAUUACCUCCAAUUUCUAUCCUAUAUGUCACUUGAAGAAACGACAUACGGUGCUUACUAAUAAAUAAAGACCUAUUUUUAUGAAUUCUGACCUGUGUAAUGUUUAGUUUCUCAAGUUAUAUCUUGCCAAUCAAAAGCAGAGAACUGAGUGAUCUUAAUUAUAUGAAGUUGCAUGAUGGAAGUGGCAUCUGAAAAAUGGAAAAGAAGUGUUACUGGUUUUCUGCAAAUGAUCACUAGAAACAAAAUAUACGACACAGAUGUGUUUCAGGCCUGAAGGAAGGUUCCUUUUGUCGGGGCUACUUCCUAUCGUGCCUGCACUAAAAUAAAUUUUCCAGUGUAAUGGUUCUUGGAAAAGAUCAUCGCCGCUCAAUUUGGAAUAAUAAUCGAUUCAGGUUUGAAAGGAAGAGGGGUGGGGGAUCGAACACUCUAAAGAGUAUAAAUAAUUGCAGAAGCCAAUGAUGGCAGCAGAGACAAAUUGAAGACGACCAACUCAUUUAUAAUUUAUGGAAUGAGUAAUGACUAAGAACAGAGGAUGGGGUCGAAAGUGGAUACUUUUAUCUUCAAUAGGGACUUGUUCCUAGCUGAAAAUAACAGAAUAUAUGGUGCACUGAGUACUCUCUGUCAAAAUAAAACAAGACAGUCAUUUGCUUCCAAUAGUGGUAGCAUUCACUUAUACAGUCAUACCUGCAUCAAGUCCAUAGUUAAUUCUA